ACAUCCGUUUCCUGUGUGUCACAUGACUCGCGCUCUGCUGUCAUUCAGUAGCUCUUAGCAAAGCACGUCAACCAGCGUCCGAUUUCUCAGGUUUCUGUACCUUAUCCGACAAUGGCAACACUGGUGGCAAACAGGGCGAUGGAUGUGAACGGCCUGGCAGCGGCUUCGAGGACACAUACCCAGGCUGUGACCAGGAACUACAUCUCUCAGCCCAGGCUAACCUACUCCACUGUAUCAGGUGUAAAUGGACCCCUGGUGAUCCUGGAUAACGUGAAGUUCCCCAGGUAUGCUGAGAUUGUUCACCUGACCUUGCCAGACGGUACCAAGAGGAGCGGACAGGUCCUCGAGGUGAUUGGAACCAAGGCAGUUGUUCAGGUGUUUGAGGGAACAUCAGGUAUUGAUGCCAAGAAGACAGCAUGUGAAUUCACUGGUGAUAUCUUGCGUACCCCGGUGUCAGAGGACAUGCUAGGUCGUGUGUUCAAUGGUUCAGGCAAACCUAUCGAUCGCGGGCCGACUGUUCUGGCUGAAGAUUACUUGGACAUCAUGGGUCAGCCCAUCAACCCUCAGUGCCGUAUCUACCCUGAGGAGAUGAUCCAGACUGGCAUCUCAGCCAUUGAUGGCAUGAAUAGCAUUGCUCGAGGACAGAAGAUCCCCAUCUUCUCUGCCGCUGGGUUGCCCCACAAUGAGAUUGCUGCCCAAAUCUGUCGUCAGGCUGGCCUGGUGCAGAAGUCCAAGGAUGUGAUGGACUAUAGUGCAGACAACUUUGCCAUUGUCUUCGCAGCCAUGGGGGUCAACAUGGAAACGGCUCGUUUCUUCAAGUCUGACUUUGAAGAAAAUGGCUCUAUGGACAAUGUCUGCCUUUUCCUCAACUUGGCCAACGACCCCACCAUCGAGCGUAUCAUCACUCCCCGCCUGGCGCUGACGACGGCAGAGUACCUGGCCUACCAGUGUGAGAAACACGUCCUGGUCAUCCUCACCGACAUGAGCUCCUACGCUGAAGCUCUGAGAGAGGUCUCUGCUGCCCGAGAGGAAGUACCCGGGCGUCGAGGGUUUCCUGGCUACAUGUACACAGAUCUGGCCACCAUCUAUGAACGCGCCGGCAGAGUGGAAGGCAGAAACGGCUCCAUCACCCAGAUCCCCAUUCUGACCAUGCCCAACGAUGACAUCACUCAUCCAAUUCCUGAUCUGACUGGAUACAUCACAGAGGGCCAGGUGUAUGUGGACAGACAGCUGCACAACAGACAGAUCUACCCACCUAUCAACGUGCUGCCCUCUCUGUCCCGUUUAAUGAAGUCUGCCAUUGGAGAGGGGAUGACCCGGAAGGACCACGCCGAUGUGUCAAACCAGCUGUAUGCCUGUUACGCUAUCGGUAAGGAUGUCCAGGCCAUGAAGGCCGUGGUGGGAGAAGAGGCGCUCACCUCGGAUGAUCUGCUGUAUCUGGAGUUCCUGCAGAAGUUUGAGAAGAACUUUAUUGCUCAGGGCCCAUACGACAACAGGACGGUGUACGAAACCUUAGACAUCGGCUGGCAGCUGCUGCGAAUCUUCCCCAAGGAGAUGCUCAAGAGGAUUCCUCAGAGCACGCUGGCAGAGUUUUACCCCCGAGAGUCUGCUCGUCACUGAGGCACACGUCACCAUGCUCUGGUUCUGCUAACAGGCCGUUUCCAUGUCUCAGUAAUAAUACCCCCUCCUUUAGAUUCACUGUAGUGUGUUCGUGUAUGAAAAGUGUCUGAGUAAAGAGUAAGUGUAUCCUAAUCAGUCCUUAUUUAUUGUGCUGUUAUAUAUCAAGAUAUCUUCUUUAUCAAAUAAAGCCCAACGAGAGCAAAGCAAAAGGUUUCCUGUAGAGACCCGUGAUGAUGCCACCAUGUUCUCAGAAAGAUGUUAUUUCAUGAUUUAGUAACUGUACAGAAACACGUACAGGCACCGGUGUUUGUUUUAAGGACGGUCAGCGCUCUCUGCUCUCCGUGUUACGUGGACCUGGAUGCUUUCUUCUGCCCUCUGGACCUUCUUGCUUCUUCUCUGCAUUUACAUUUUUGUGCUGUUUUGAUUUGUCUUGCAAAAACAUGAGUGAGUGUAUUUUAAAGAAAUCACAUCUGUCUGCAGAAACUGUUUAUUGUGCAACCAUGGUUCUGUGAGUUUACAUUAAAUUAUAUGACGGUG